UGUGCCGGAAUAUCUGUUUUCUGUGUGCAGGGGGCUUACACGGGAGUUUGUUCGCAGCAGCAUGUGCCUAGCUACAAGAGCCACAUUGAUAAGUUUAAGGCUAAAGGCAUUGAUUCUGUCGUAUGUGUCUCUGUUAAUGAUCCCUAUGCUAUCAAUGGUUGGGCUGAGAAGCUUGGUGCCAAAGAUGCAAUUGAGUUUUAUGGGGAUUUUGAUGGGAAAUUCCACAAAAGCUUGGGGCUAGACAAGGAUCUCUCUGCUGCAUUACUCGGGCCACGGUCUGAGAGAUGGUCGGCUUAUGUAGAAGACGGUAAGGUUAAGGCGGUGAAUGUGGAAGAAGCACCGUCUGACUUCAAGGUUACAGGGGCAGAAGUCAUCUUAGGACAGAUCUAAAAGGGGUUUUUUCCAGAGUUGUUGUUUCUUCUGACUUGCAACUGAAAAUAAGUUUGAUCCGAACAUGUUCCAAGGAUCACACCAAGAAACAGCUUGACUUGUUUUUGUUUUGUUUCCACAGUUUCUGUUUCAAUAAAAAUUAUGUGUUUUGCCGUUUCUCACCAAAAUGUAAAUCGAUCAUAAUAUAAAUUAGAAACCAAUAUGAUCUCAUCAAA